UCGGAUAAAUAGCGAAGUUAGUGUUGUUGCUUUGCGUGUAUUUCGUCAUUUAAGCGAGUGUUCUUUUGUAGCUUGGCUGCAAAAGAAUGGACCUACAAUUAAGGAACAAGUCCCGACACAAGAAGCGGUGAUGGAAAUUAACUGCCCUACGCUGCCUAGUCCCAACCUUGCCAUCACAUGUAAUGAGAUCAACUUCAUAAUUAACAAGAAAAGAGACACAGCGGCAGGUGCGGAUAAUAUGUCCUACAUCAUGCUGAGAUAACUGCCUGACCUUACUCUUAACACUUUUAAAACCUCUAUUAAAGAUAUUUUGCUAUCCAAUCAAAUUCCCCCCACUGAAUCUGAUUUGCGUGCUGUGCGGACGUGUUUUUCUUCGCUCUUCGAUUUUAAUCAUAAUAUCAGCUUAACUAUUGUGACAGUGGCUCUUUUAUAUAUUUGCUUUUUUGCAAUGAUGAAAACCCGAUAUUGAUUGAGACAGUGACUCUUGUGUUUUCUAAGGAAAUUAUACCUUAAUAUUUACUUUAUAUUAAAACUACAUGAUGCCUUGCGCAUGUGGCCACAAAGUUGAUAGGAAGCAAUCAACAGUGCUGUGCGCGAAGUGCAAUGUACUCUUUUAUACAAAAUGUGUUGGUAUUCGACCGGCAGAUGCAGAAUUUUUGCUCAGCUCAGACAAGAGCUUCAUUUGUAGAGGCUGUGCUGAAGCUCGUCGUGAUUCCCUCCGUUCGCCUCCUCCGACCGUUGUCGUGGAGGAAAAUUCUCUUCUAACUCUAUGAAAUCAAAGCCCGUUGGCUCUUUAAAGCUAAAUGGUAAUUCAAAUGAUAAUACCAAUACCAAUAAGCAACAAGUUACAUUGGGAUCUCUAUACAAUGUGGUUGUCGCUCUUCGAAAUGAGAAUGCCCGCGUGAAUAAUCUGAUCAGUGCUUUACGGGAAGAUAACAAUAAUUUAUUGUUAAAAACUGAAAACAUUCACUCAGAUCUUCCUUCCAUGCAGCGCAAUCUGCUUGAGAAAGAUGAUACGAUUGCCUUACUCAUGGCAGAGGUUAAAUAAAGACCUUCGCUCCUCUAUUGGUGUUGCUGUUGAGAAGUUUGGCAGUGAUAACGCAGCUGUAAAAGAAAUUAUUGCAGCUAAUCGCGCUCUUUUUCUCUCGUCGCAUACUUCUCGUGCUGCUUGUUCUUCGAAUGUCGCUUGGUCAUCCGCUGAUACACACACGUACGCUGACUUUUCGGCACCUGCUACUGCAGUUUCCACUGAUGCUCUCUCUGUUUAUGCUCGCUCACCUGCUUCUUCGGCUGUCGCUGCUAAUUCUCUAUCUGCUGAUAAUGCUUGGUCAUCUGCUGAUACAAAUUCGCACACUGAGAUGUCGGCACAAAAAAUGUUGUUGCCUGCACUGACCCUAAAGUGAACACUGCUGCUUGCUGUAUGCGCUCUACACACACACAUGCUAAGUUUUCGGCCCCAGCUGCUGACGUCUCCAAUGAUGCUCUCCCACCUGCUUCUAUUGCGCCUACUGCUGAGGUUAAUAAUGCACAGUGGUCGGCGGCUACGAAGAAAAGGAACAAAAAACAAGUGCGUGUUUUCGGUACAAAUGCAUGUAAUGAUUUGGACGUUGCGGUCCGGCAUAAAUAGUUGCAUUUAUGUUCUUUCUCGCCUUCCGUAUCCGAGGAUAACAUUAAAGAUUGUGUUUUUAAGCAAACUGGUUUAGAUAAAAAUUUGUUAUCCUGCUUCAAACUGGUUAAAAAAAAUGUCCCAGUAUCAACUAUUAAGAGAGUUAAUUUUAAGUUGGGAGUUCCGGAAUCCUCGUACGCGAAGUUGCUGAGCUCGGAAAUUUGGCCUACAAAUGUCUCGGUCAAGCCUUUUCAGUUUUUUCUAAAGGAUCAACAACAGCCACCUCGGACAUAGUAACGACCUUGGACCCUCCUAGCCGUGGUCUCAAGGUGUACUUUCAAAACUUAUCCGGCAUGCGAACCAAGGCUGAUAUUGUGCAUUCUUUUAGUGCGCAAAUGGAUUACGACAUCUUUGUUUUUGUUGAGACGUGGUUGAAUGCAAGUUUUUUCGACAGUGAGUUCUUCGACUCGAAUCUUUUUAAUGUAUUUCGUAAAGACAGAGAUGCUGCAAAAACGGGUUGCCUUCGUGGUGGUGGGGUUCUAAUUGCUGUCAAGCGUCAACUCCGUGCAUUCCUGUUUCCACUCAAUAAUGAUGACUCUCUGCUCGAUCAAAUUUGUGUUUGUAUAAGUUGUCACUCCGCGCAAGAUUCCAUUUACCUACUCGCUUCGUAUAUACCGCCUGAUAGUUCAUUUGAGUUGUACAAAGCUCAUGCUAACAACGUGGCAUCUCUAGUUUUAAAUAACCUAAAUGAUAAUCAUUUAUGUGUGCUAGGUGAUUUCAACUUAUGCAAGAUAAAUUGGUCUGCUAGUAUUUCUAAUUAUAGUCUUACACCAACUAACGUGUCUGCAAAUCAUGAAUUAUAUUUUAUUGAUAAUAUUCUUAGUCUUAAUUUAUGUCAAGUUAAUAAUUUCGUUAAUUCUCUGAAUAGAAUUUUGGAUCUCAUAUUUGUAAGUGAUAACCUAAGCUACAAAGUUAGUGAAUGUUUGAAUCCAGUAACUCCUAAAGAUAAGCAUCAUUUACCUUUAGUUGUAAAACUCGAUUUUUACUGUUUUGCUUCAGUACCUUCUGAUGACAUAUUAUCUUUUAAUUAUGCAUUAUGCGAUUUUUCUAGCUUUAAUGAAUUACUACUCGAUAUUAAUUGGGAUAAUUUAUUUGCAGAUCUUGAUACAUUUAGCAGUUUCACUACUUUUAAAUCCAUUUUGUGUAAACUCUGCUUGGAUAAUAUUCCGGUUAGAAAGAAAAAACCCUAUAGAUUACCCUGGUAUUCUAAGGAUUUAAAAAAGCUUAAAAAUCUUAAAAACAAUUAUUUUAAGAAGUUUAAAUCUACGAAGAACCAUUCAUUUUUCGUUAAAUAUAAACGAGCUCUAAAAAAUUUCAACUACUUAAAUAAAUCUCUUUAUAAUAACUACAUUUGUAGCAUAGAGUUGAACAUUAAAUCGAAUCCAAAGACUUUCUGGAAUUACAUAAAAUCCAAAAGAAGCUUCGCUAGUGUUCCCACCGGCGUAUUUUUGGAUAAUAAUUAUGCGCAAACCUCAAGUGAAGCGGCAAAUUUAUUUGCUGAGUUUUUUAAAUACAAUUUUGUUGAUGAAGACCAUGAUCAGCCAUGCGACUUUUCCUCUAAUCUAGACUACUCUUUGGACCUCGGGGCUCUAUGCCUUUCAUCUGAGGAUAUUAGUAACGCUUUGGUUAAAUUGAAAUCUUCCUCCCAAACUGAUGUCGAUGGUCUUUCAGCAGUUCUAAUAAAAAAUUGUCCUGCUUUGGUCUAUCCUCUGAAAGUAAUUUUUAACAAAUCUUUAUCGUCGGGGAGUUUUAUUGACGCAUGGAAGCUCACUUGACGUAAGGAAUUAUAGGCCCAUUUCUAAGCUCUCGACUAUCUCAAAAAUAUUUGAACACGCAAUCAAUGCAAAGUUGAGCUUUGCGGUUAAAUCUUUAAUUAUAAUAAUUAUAAUUUAAUAAUUAAUCUAGCUGUUUUCAGUGAAUACUUCAUUGAGUCUUUCUCGGCUGGUUUUCAGGUCGACGGCAUUUACACCGACUUUUCGAAGGCUUUCGAUAAAGUCUCUCACAGAGUCUUAAUUAAAAAACUUGGUUGUCUUGGUGUUCACUCUGCUUUUCUGGAAUGGAUAAACUCUUACAAUAGACGUUGUGUUGUUACAUUUGAUGUUAUUUCAUCUACCCCCUUUGUUGCCUCCUCUGGAGUCCCACAAGGAAGUGUCUUGGGACCACUCCUAUUUGUACUUUUUAUUAAUGAUAUCACAAGCUGCUUUUCAUUUGCCAAAUGUUUGCUUAAUCUGAAGAUUUAAAGAUUUUCUCAUCCAUUAAGACCCCAGAAGAUGCCAAUAUGCUUCAAACUGAUAUUGAUAGGCUUUACUUGUGGUGCCAGAAGUCACGGCUCUCACUGAACCUGUCUAAGUGCUUUCAAAUGACUUACUCGAAAAUAUCCAACAUUAUACCUGCUACGUACAAUAUAUGGACAUGUGACCUUCAGUGUGUUAGUGAGAUUAAGGACCUUGGCGUCAUUUUUGAUAGUAGAACGUGUACAAAAAAUUGUUCUUAAGUUUGCACUUCGGUCUUUGAACUUUGUGGAUCCCAUACCAUCCUAUUCUGCUCGUCUCAUGUUUAUAAGUCUCAAGUCCCUAGAAAUUCGUAGGUCUAUACUGUGCCUGUCCAUUACUCGUAAUAUCAUAACUGGAAUCAUUGAUUGUCCUUACUUGUUGGAAAGGAUUCGAUUUAAGUUUUAACCCAAGUAAAACCAAAGUUAUGAAUGUUAGCAGGGGACCAAAAAGGGAGAUAAAUGUCACCAUUGGCCAGACUAGAUUGCAACAGGGCACUGGGCAGAGUAAUAAACAGCUCUCUGACCAUGAGUGGUCACUACACAACCACCAUAGAGUCAACAUCCAACAAUAUAAGGUUUUUCCAAGAACUUAAAGAAUGUUAAAUCUGGUCUACACCCGCAGAAAGCCAUGAACAUAUACAAAAGUCGCAGUUAGGUCCAAAUUUGAGUAUGCUACACCACUGCUGCUAACGGUGUCAAAUCUGUACAUCAUGUACACUGAUAUCACUUUCUGACAGCAGGACUGAGUGGGGUAUAUAUAACUACAAUUGUGACACGGAAACAUUCUUCCACCGGCCCUUUAAGCCGUCAACAGCCUUUGGGGAACUCUUGGCCUUUGAAGAGGCGAUUGCCAUCGCCUCAAAGAAUAAUAAAGAAUGGUCCUUACUGACAGCUGUGUCCUGCGAAACCCUUAAACUUUUUUUUGGGCUCUGAAGCUAUGACUGAAAGGACAACGGUCCCUAUAGUCAGGUUAUUCCUCCAGGUAUGGUGUACACAGUCAGGUGUAUAUCUGUUGAUGUGUCUGCUGUAUUUCCACUCCUACAAAAGGUAGUACCGCUGACCAAAACCCCUGUAGUAGCUUCUGCUUGUACUAUUUAUGUGCAGUUGUUCUUCUAAGUAGCCGUGUAUUAUAUCCUAAGAUUGUGUGGUUGAUGAUGCGUACAGAGCAUGUGCGAAUUUGAAGGCAGUUCUGAUUGGCAUGUAUUUUUAGUAGUAUUCGCGAUAACGGACUAUACAGGCUUGGGCUAGGUAGAACGAUUUAUAAUAUAAACAUAAUAUGUGACGAAUAGCAAAAUUAAAUUGAGGUGAAAUGCAACAACUGGUUAGAAAAUUUAACGAAUAUUUUUAAAAUCAAAUUGAUAUUUUGGCCUUUUGGAAAAUUUGGCAAGUUGAGUUAUCUUGGCUAGAUAAUUGUUUUGAACAAUUGUUUGAAAAUCGGUAGCAUUGUUGAAAAUAUCAAAUUCAGCUCUAAUAUUAUCGAGUCUUCUGCAGUAGAAGGUUUGAUGAAUGUAGUCAUCUAGUUGACCACAAAAACAACUUCGCGAGUUUAGGGCAUUAAUUUUAAACAAAUAUGCCUUAUCAUACGUGUGCCCUGAUAGGACUCUGCGUUUUGAUGUCUGUCGGUGAUGAUGUUAGUUUUUAAAACCAAGCGAAACUUUUUCUACAUGUAAAAAAGAUUCAAACAGGUUGGGUUUCAAUGAGGAGUAAUUUAAGAACUUAUUGCACCAUUCGUCAAAGAUGGUAUUUUUAAUCUGCCUGAUGGCUUCGUCGGAUG